CGGGUCGACAGAAUAAGGCGAUCGUUGAUUGUGCUGCGAGACUGAUCGGGUAACGGACUUUCGCCGCCGUCCAGGGAAAAUUGAAGUGAACGAUAUUGCCGGAAGUGCGAGGCGGCGGGUGCGAUGGCCGCUGUCAAGGAGUUGCAGCGCGACCUAGAGAACAAGGCCAAUGAUCUCAACAAGCUUCAGAAAGAUAUAGCGAAGAAUCACCAAGUCAGAAAGAAAUACACUAUUCAGCUUGGUGAAAACGAGCUUGUUCUCAAGGAACUGGAUCUGUUGAAUGAGGAAGCCAAUGUGUACAAAUUGAUUGGGCCAGUACUAGUGAAACAGGACUUGGCUGAGGCAAAUGCCAAUGUCCGCAAGCGGAUUGAUUACAUCUCUGCCGAAUUGAAGCGUUUAGAUGCCACUCUUCAAGAUUUAGAAGAAAAGCAAAACAGCAAGAAAGAAGCGAUUUUCAAGCUACAACAAAGAAUUCAGGCUCUGCAGGCUGGAAAAGGCAAGGCAUAAUAUGUCGGAGUCCAGAAGCAUGCGGUGCCAGUCUCUUGAUCGGUUUGGCAUAGAUGUGUGAUCUCUAUGUUCAAAAUGCUUCAUGAAUUAUCAUUUUGUAGGUAAACUGACAAGGAUUGUGGUGUCCAACUUCAUAUUCCAUCCAUGUAAUGUGUGAGGAUGCAAAAUCUCUUGGUGCAUGAUAUUAUGCUCAUAUGGACAUUCUUCUAUGUUCUCUUAUUUAGCUGUGUGGUGGAUGAUUGCCCUUCUUAAUCCCUCGUAAGGUGAUCUAGAACAUUCCAAUAUUUCAGUUGAAUAGGAUCUUUGUAGGUGUAUUACCAUGUAGACUAAUACAUGGGUUGCAUUUACUGUUCAUGAUAAUGAUGCGAAGAUGAAGGGUAAAGUUGGGGUGAAUAAAGACA